CACCACCACCCAUUCAAUUCGCGCUACACGUCCUUCCUUCACCAAAAUAAUAUCAUCCCAAUCACACACUCACUCACACAGUUUAAUUUGUAAUCUAGCUAGUGUAAUGGGUGUAAUAAUAAUCGACGGGUCAACAGUCCGUUGCUUCGUACACGACGAAGCCCACUUCAAAACAAGUGUCGACGCACAGUUCACAUCCCUAGACGCCAACGACGACGGCGUGUUAUCCCUGUCGGAGAUGCGGAAUGCCUUUGAAUCCAUGCGUGUACUUGAAAACCACUUCGGGUUUGACAGAAGUGUCAUGCCGCCUGAAGAGCUAACCAAGCUGUACGAUUCAGUGUUUAUGAGGUUUGACAGAGAUCAUAGUGGGAGUGUGGAUAAAGAUGAGUUCAGGUCGGAGAUGAAGAAGAUCAUGUUGGAGAUUGCUGAUCGGUUGGGGUCGUCGCCUAUUAAGAUGGUGAUUGAAGAUGACGAUGAACAGAGCUUGUUGAAUCAAGCCGCCGAUUUGGAAGCUGCUAAGGUUGCUGGGGGAUGGUGACAUUACGUUGUUACGAUCGAGUAUAUUUUAAUUAAGUUUGUACUUGUAUUCGAUCUGGGUUAGAUUUGUUGUUAUGGAAAGUCAAAUAAAAGAGUCAAAGUCAAUGGUUAUCCAAACUGGAAUCCAUGUAUCUGAGCUGUACCACGACGCAUAUCACGUGAUGUCUACUUUUAAUCUUUUAUAAUCAUUUAUUUAUUAUAUUAAAACACAAUUACUUUAAUAA